AUGGCUCACGAUACUCUCUACAACUCCCGCCCCCGCAGCUACGGUAAGGGCUCCCGUGAGUGCCGCUCCUGCUCCAGCCGCGGCGGUCUCAUCCGCAAGUACGGCCUGAACCUUUGCCGUCAGUGCUUCCGCGAGUUCGCCACCGACAUCGGCUUCCACAAGUUCCGCUAA